AUGAUCGAUAUCGUAUUUGUACACAAAGCAAAGACAGCAAUUGAAGAAUUAUGUCCAGAUAUUUGGCAACAAAUAUUUGAAUAUUUGAAUGCUAUCGAGCUGUUUUUCAGCUUGGUACAUAUAACUAUACCAGGAGAUGAAGUGUUGUUCAAUAGAAAUCACCAUUUCCGUUUACGAAAACUUGUUCUUGAUGCAGAUGUUACAACUCUUCCAGAGAAACUUUCCCUCUACCAAGUUAUCUCGCUCGAAUUGCAUCAAGAUAGCUGCCUGAAUACCAUUGAACAGUGCUUGGAACUUCGCUCGCUGAAACUUAUCGGUCUACCUGAAUGGGUCAUUUGUUUUCUUAGAAAAAUUUCAAAUGCCAAUAUAAAACUUGAGCAGCUUGUCUUAACUGUACCUGGCAUUGGCUCAUUGUACGAUUUACUUGCAUCUAUUUUACCAUUAUUUUCAUUGCGUCGACUAGCAAUUUAUGCGAAUGAAUCAGAAGAAAAAGUAAAAGCUGGAGCGUUGCCACUGGCACAAACAAAAAUUGAACAAUUUAUUUUGCACUCAUGUUCAUCUAUUAGCUGGAAUGAGUUGUCAUACAUACUAUCUGGUCUAUCUAAUAUUCGCUUUCUUGAUGUUACUCUGUUCCAUCAUAAUAUGAAUUCGUUUUGUUGGUUUACUUUUCCGAAACUUUGCUAUAUUUGCCUCAUAUUAGUCGAAGUAUCAUUUGAAUGGAUCAUUCAACUUGUGAAAACAAUGCCUUCGCUGGCAAAACUUAAGUUGAAGGGUCUCGUGGGCGGUGAAGGAUAUAUCAUCAAUCAUAAAUGGCUUAAUCUAUUUGAGUCGUGUUCUUCUCUUGCUAUAGUCCAGGUGAAUUUAUCACUGGAAAGAGACACUAAUUAUUUUUGUAUCAAUAUGAUUCAAGCGGCUUUACGUGAAAUCAAUCUAAAUUUAAGAUGUAUCGAAGAUGAUUACAAUUAUUAUUUUACAGGAGAAUCUCAACAACGUUGGUGGAAUCUGUCGGGAAUGGUCAUGAAACAGCCAGUACACUCCUGA